AUGAACCGCAGGGCGGCAGGCGAGGGGGUGUGCGAACAGCAGAAUCGCACAGGAGGGCACAUAUGCACUGCAAACCUAUGUACCGCAGAACAAACACGGGGCGGCGCUGCCUUGGUAUUGAACAGAAGCCAGUCGGUCCGGGCGGGGACCAACGGAAGGAGGCUGAGCAGGUCGUAUGGCAAACCAAAGAUGUCAACAUCUCGGUAUGCAAGGGGCUGUCACGAGGAGCGCGACAUUGCCAAAGAUAGCAACUGCCCUGAUUUCCGUGGACGAGGGGGGAAAAGGGGUCCUCUUCGUGUCCAGCGCGUGUGAAAUGAGUUGAGCUAUGCCAUUACAAAA